ACAAGAGACGGAACAUGCACGUGCUCACCCUUCUCGUGCUACUGGCUCUCUCCUUGUCCCUGGCUCUCCCCACCGUGGCCGACUCGGUCAUCGGCGCUAACCCCGCCAUGCGCCAAGCAUGGCUGGACCGCCACAACGCAUGGCGCGCCGACCGCGGAGUCCCACCCGUGGUCUGGGACGAGACCAUUGCUGACUAUGCCCAGAGCUGGGCUGACACAUGCCCGAGCGGACACUCCAACUCGUACGCAAGCGGCUAUGGCGAGAACAUGUGCUUCAACUCGCAGACUGAGGACGAGGGAUGCGUCGACCGCUGGGGCUCGGAAAAGGCCAACUGGGACUGCCCGUCGAACACCUGUCCGGGUGGCGUUUGCGGCCACUACACCGCCAUCAUGUGGUCGCGCGAUCCUCACCCCAACAGGAUCGGCUGUGCAGUGAAGAGCGGAUGCCCUGGCUGGUACUCGGUCGCCGUUUGCAACUACUCGCCGCCCACCAACUACAUUGGACAGCGCCCGUUCCCGGUCUCCCAGUGCAACCCUGCCCCGACGCCGUCGCCGACCCCAUCGCCGACUCCGGCUCCCACUCCGGCCCCGACUCCGGCUCCCACUCCGGCCCCGACUCCGGCCCCGACUCCGGCCCCGACUCCGGCCCCGACUCCGGCCCCGACUCCGGCCCCCACUCCGGCCCCCACCCCGGGCCCCACUCCGGCCCCGACCCCAGGCCCCACUCCGGCUCCAUCUCGCCCCUGUGGCCCUUGCGCACCUGCCAAGUCGUGCUCCAACCUUGGCCGGUGCUGCGACGACAAGUGCGAGUGCAACUUCGGCUUCCAGCCCGACUCGGCAGCUCGCGACGACUGCGUGCCGACUCCACAAAUCAAGGUCUGGGCUGGCACGCCGGCAUCGCCGAUCUCGUCGACGUCUUCGUCUGUGUUUGGCGGGCACUUUGCUCUGUUUGAGUACCAUCCGUUUUCUAGCAGCGACGCCGCGCGCCGGCGGCUGCUGCAGCAGGGCGGUGGGAACGCGCCCGAGGAGAUGAUGAUCUUGGUUUCGCCGCAGGGUGUCCCUGCGACCACCGUCACUGUUUACAUGAGGAAGGGAGGCACGCCCGCCUCACCGACGGCCUACGAUGCCAUCUCGACCCUCAGCAACGACGGCAACGCGCAGGUGAUUCGCUGGAUGCCGGCGUCGACCGACCCCGACAGCAUCAUGAUGGUGACCGUGACGAGCGAGAACGACGCCACGUUCACGAUGUCGGUCGCACCGUCCUCGGUCGCUGCCGGUGUGAGCUCGGCCACCAGUGGGCGCAUCAUUUCAAGCUCGCCGCCCGAUGAGGGCGUGACUGAUAAGUCCUGGUUCCUCGCUGUCAUUGCUCUUGGCGCCGUAGUGGUCCUCGGCGCUGCCGCCGCUGUCGCUCUCGUCGCUUAUCGCAAGUCUCAGGACACUGGCUUCCGCGGCAACGACUUUUACACGUCGGCUGUCGACUUUGUGCCGGCGAGCAACGCCAGUCACGGCGCUGGAUCAUUUGCCUCGCUUGGCGCAGGCACCGAGCUCGCCCCGCUGCCGAUCGUCUCGGCGCCACUGCCGCCGACCAAGUCGGCAUCCAGCGGCAAGCGCGUCGUCAAGUUUGCUUACCGUGCCACAGCUGCUGACGAGCUUUCCUGCGAACGAGGUGACGUCAUCCAAGUUCUGGAAGAGUACGACGACGGCUGGAUGCUUGGCCGCCUGCCGAACGGCCGCGAAGGCGUCCUCCCGCUCUCGUACACCGAGGUCAAGGCUUCUGCUGGCGCCUCCACAGCCGCGCGUCGCGCGCCGCCGCCGCUGACUCCCGUCGUGGCUCCCGCCGCGACUCCGGCUGCUCCGAUGUCGCUUCCUCCGCCGCUGCAAGCCAAGAAGGCCCCGGUUGUCGAAAAGGUGGCCAAGUUUGCGUUUUCCGGCUCGGCAAACGAUGAGCUCACUUUUGCGCCCGGCGACCGCAUCGAGGUUCUGGAACAGUACGACGACGGGUGGGGCCUUGGCCGCAUCGUCGGCACUUUGGGAGAGGGAGCGUUCCCCCUCUCCUACGUCAAGGACGCUCCCAAGCUACCGCGCCCGCCUGCAUCGACUUCGUCCAAGCCCAAGCCAACCCCAGCCCCGGCCCCAGCCCCGGCCCCAGCCCUGAUGCAGUUUCCCAAGCUUAGGCCAACGCCCAAGUCGGCGCCCAAGACGGCACCAAAGCCAGCACCCAAGCCGACCUCGGCGCCAAAGCCUCUGCCAAAGCCUCUGCCAAAGCCUCUGCCAAAGCCCAAGCUCAAGCCGGCCCCUAUGGGCGGCGUCAGUGGCCGCGGCCCGCGGCCCAAACCCAAGCCCAAGCCCAAGCCGAAGCCGGGCCACUGGUAGCCACACUCACACCCCCGCUCUCUCCCUCUUCUUCACAAACUCCUUCUCCUGUCAUCAUCCCUGUAGCCGCAGCUCCCGCAGAUACGAGGCCAUAUAAAACCAGUCGCCGCCGC